GUAAGCCCCGCCCCGGCCUGUCUCUCACGCACCAGUUACGUCUGACCGUAAAAAAUAGAAACUUUCAAGAUGGCCGAGUCCGUGGACUCCAUGCAUUUCGCAGCAAACAGCAAAACAAAUUCCCCUAAACCCCUUAUAGCUAAACGGUCACCUGAGAGCAGACUGCAGUCUUCCAACGAAAAUUACCCCCCACCACCAAAGAAGAUCCGACUGGAGGAGAGAGCCCCGAAGCACAGCAAACUGAACGGAGAGGUGUGCGCAGGGGAAAAACACAACGGGAAGCAGAGUUGUGGGAGCCCAGCGAAAUGGAGUUUCGGCCCGGCCAAGGCGAGCCACUCCGCCGCCUCACUGCCUGGGACUCCCGCGCGGAAAAUCUUCAAAAUAAGCAACUUCCUCGCUUCGCCACACAAAGUAAAGAAGUCGAAGGAGAAGCGACACAAGGAAAAGGAGAAAAGCAGCGAAGCGCGGCGGAGUCCUGGCGCUGCUGUGGAGAAAGUGAGCCCCGCUAGCUGCCAUACAAAGACGGAGAACGGAGACGUGAAGGCGCUCCAGAGAGAUGACCGUGUUAAAGAAGAUAGUAAAAAGGAAAAAAGCAAGGAGUCGAAAAAUCACAAGCUGCCAUCUGUUCAUGACACGGGGAGAGAAAACGGAGAAGUUAUGUCUCCUCUGAAAGAGUCGAAGGAGAAAGCCAAAUCUGGAUCUGAGGAGGAUCUGCUGAAGAAACUGAAAAAGAAGAAGAAAAAGAAACACAAAGAUGGUGAGCGGCCCAAAGACAGACACAGCCGGCCUAAGAUGUACCAUCGCUACUGCCAGACGGUGUGCUCCGGAGUGGCUCUGCCCCUGCCCGACUUCCUCAGCAAAAUGAAUGGCAACAGCAGCAGCAGCACUUUCCUCACAUCCACUACUCCUCCAGCGCCGCACCAGGACACAAACUGCUCCUCUGUCCCCUCUCCAGCCACUGAUCGCUCGGGCUACUGUUCUCCCCUCCACUGCACCCCCUCCCCGGGUUUGCCAGGACUGGAGUUCAGUCGCCUCAUCCACGUGGAGCAGCAGGCUAACGGGGGAGCCUCGGUGGUCCAUGCCUACAGUGACCAGCUCUCCAGUCUAUCUGCAGCAGAGAUGGAGCGCUUCGCCGAGGAGUUUGUGGCCCUCUCCUUCAGCGAGGACCAAGCCCAUGCGGCGUGCUUUGUGAUGGGGAUAAUCCACGGAGCGGCGGCGUACCUCCCGGACUUCCUGGAAUAUUUCUCUUACAACUUUCCCAACUCACCAGUGAAGAUGGAGGUCCUGGGAAAGAAGGAUAUAGAAACGACAACCAUGGCCAACUUUCACACACAGGUGAAGCGCACCUACUCCCAGGGCACGUACCGCGCCGGGGCCAUGCGGCAGGUCAGUCUGGUGGGGGCUGUGGAUGAGGAGGUGGGAGACUACUUUCCAGAGUUCAUCAACAUGUUGGAGCAGUCUCCUUUCCUCAAGCGCACUCUUCCAUGGGGGACAUUCUCCAGUCUGCAGCUCCAGAGCCCCACGGAGAGCGACGAUGGCCCCAUUAUGUGGGUGCGGCCUGGGGAACAGAUGAUCCCAAUGGCCGACAUGCCAAAGUCACCCUUCAAACGGAAAAGGUCCACCAAUGAGAUAAAGAACCUGCAGUAUCUGCCCAGAGCCAGUGAGCCCCGGGAGAUGCUGUUUGAGGACCGGACGCGGGCCCAUGCUGACCACAUUGGGCAGGGUUUUGACAGGCAAACCACUGCUGCUGUGGGCGUGCUCAAGGCUGUGCGUUGUGGAGAGGACAGUGACACUCCUGCGCGGAUCACCAAAGACGUAGUGUGUUUCUACGCUGGCGAUUUUGCAGAUGUGGUCAUGAGGCUGCAGCUGGAUCUCCACGAACCCCCGCUGUCCCAGUGUGUCCAGUGGAUUGAUGACGCCAAGCUGAAUCAGCUCAGGAGAGAGGGAAUUCGAUAUGCCCGAAUCCAGCUGUACCACGACGACAUCUACUUCAUCCCCAGAGGAGUGGUCCACCAGUUCAAAACGGUGUCCGCCGUGUGCAGUCUGGCCUGGCACAUCCGACUGCAACUAUACCACCCCCAGGAAAAGAAGGAGGAGGCCAAGGAGGAGAAAGAGGAGAACUGUGAGUCGAGAGAACUGGCCCAAAUCAAAGAGGAGGACGAGGAGGAGGAGAUACUAGUGUCAGAGGGGAAGGAGGAUCUGACUGCUGUAUGCAGGGAGAUGACGGAAGAGCAGCCACUACUUUUACAAGUGCCAGAACCUGCGAUUAAAAAGGAAGAGAAGGAAGCAGACAUAAUGGACCCUUCCACUAUAACACCCGCUGUCACUGUAAAGGAGGAAAAUAAUGAAGAUAUUGUCCCACCUGCAGUAAAGGAGCCCAAGACCGAGCCAGAGGAAGCCCUAUGCCCAACAGUACACAAGGACUGUGACGAGACUGGAGAAGUGCAUAAUAAUGUAAUAUUGAAUUCAGAUCAACCAGUUAAAAAGGAGAGCGAUGUGGUAGAGGAGAGACAACAAAAGAUGAGUGUGCCAGUGCUGAAAGAGAAAAGUAAAGACAGUACGAACAGCACUUACAGCACACACAAAAAGGACAAGGAGAAAUCAAAGGGGCGGGACGACAAGGACAGGCCCCGAGAUAAAGACAAGAAAGACAGGAAUAAAGAGAAGGACCGGGACAAACGAGAUCGAGACAAAGAGAAGGAGCGAGAGAGGGUGAGAGAAGGAAAGAGCGAAGCAGCAUCUCUGUCAAACAAUAAGAAGAAAGAGCAUGAGGACAGAGACAGACCCAGAGAAGGUGGCAAAAGUCACUCCUCCGAGAAGAUCUCCAAAGAGGGCCACAUCAAGAGAGAGAAGGAGCAUGACAAAGAGCGAAACAGCUCCCAGGCACCUCACUCCCGGCCUGACAGAGAGGACACACACAGCCACAAACACAAGUUUUCACAUGGGAAAAAGGAGAAGAGUGCCCACCGUGAGAGCAAAGACAGCAGCUCCUCUACUCCGCACAGUUCCCAAACCAAGUCAGCCAGAGAGGAGGGCAAAUCCAGCACUCCCAAAGCCAGCAACCAGCAGUUUAAGAAGGAAAAGGAGACUAGUAAGGAUGAAAGGAAACACCCCAGCUCUGGUUCUGCUUUAUCAGAACACAAAGCCCCACGGACACUGGUCACCUUUGACCUCUUUAAGCCCAUGGCAUCGCAUACGCCAGCCCCUUCUUAUACAGACUGUCGGCCGAAGAGCCACCACCACAGUGACUCUCGAAACACUUUGUCCAAGCCUGGCUCUGACAGCCGGACUGUGGUGGGCUCUAAAGGACCUAAAGUAAAAGACUCUGCUUCUGUGCAAGGCAAACCUGCUGUGUCCAUACAGGACACUCGGACUCCACAGCAUUCACUCAAAUCUCCCCUCAAAACACACAUGCCAUCUCACUCACACAAAGAUUUCUUAUUAUGAAUGUCCAUGUUUCCUCCUUUUUUGACUGUAACUUACGACAAGGCUCUGUUAAACUGUUUGGGACUGCAUCCAUUUGUUCAUAGUAACAAACCCAGUUUAAUAAUACAUUUCAACUCAGUUAUUUAAAAAGAGGAUGCAUAUUCCAAGUACUUUAGCGUUGCCUAAGAAUGUAAGCUAAGUAGCUCACUUCACGUUUGUUAGCGAAUGUACGUAGGCUCUAUAGAAAAUGUUAUGUGACAUGUGUCAGUGCCUGCCACUACUUAGCUUCGCUCUUAAAGCACCUAUUUUAGGUACAGGACAAGCCAAUCUGAAAACAGCCAUCUUUGUUUUAUGUCCAAAAAGCUCCAGUUGAAUCCUGUCGUUAAGUGGCUCUAGGAGGUGCCAUGCUGUGUUAGGCCAUGGAUUUAUACUUUAACACUAAAAGCUGUUGUUUUCAGAUUGGACUGUUCACUCACAGGGCUGUAAAUGAUACUGUAUCUACCAAAACUGUACAGUAUAGAUGUUAUUAGCACCAAUGUGAGAAAUGUAUACAGAAAUUGCAUAUAUUUUUUGUAAGACAAGUUUUAUUUUCCAUAGAACUUAUUUAUAUCAUUUACUGUCUGAUUUUAUUUUAAACCAAUGUAUGUGAAUUUUUGUUGUAAAUACAUUUUAUUUCCUAAGACAAGACUUGGUAGUGUGAUUUAUACUCUGAUCAGAACCUUUCAAUAAAUGGUUCAGAAUAUUGUCUUAAGCCA